AUGGGUUUCGUCGGCGUGUACAAGGCCGUCUACGAUUACACCCCACAGGCCGAGGGCGAACUGGAGAUUGCCGAAGGAGAUUUGCUCUACGUGUUGGAAAAGAGCACCGAGGAUGACUGGUGGAAGGCCAAGAAGAAGGCAACCGCCGAGGACGAGGAGGAGCCGGUCGGCCUGAUUCCAAACAACUACGUCGAGGAGGCCCAACCCCAAGGGAAAGCCCGCGCCCUCUACGAAUAUACGAGACAGACCGACGAGGAGCUGUCGUUUCCUGAGGAUGCGGAACUUGUCGUCUUUGACACGUCAGAUCCGGACUGGGUCCUAGUGGGUUACGACGACGACUAUGGCUUCGUCCCUGCCAACUACAUCGAGAUCGGGGCUCCAGAGACCAAGGAGGAAGAGCCGGAAGCAUCUGCCCCUGCCCCGCCUCCGCUUCCUGCGCGAACGCCGAGCGAUGAUGUGCAGAGCCCCCCCCUUCCGGCGAGGAACCAAGCCCCCUCGGAAGAACCGAGCUCGGAUGCCACGUCCGCCGCCCCCAACCCGGCCACCAUGAUCGCUGGUAUGAUGGCUGCUCGCGCGAACGCAGCCCACCCUCCCCCUGCUCCCCUCGACCUUCAGCCCCGUAACAGGGACGCCGAUGAGGAAUCCGACAGCGUGAAAUCCCCGCCGCUUCCUGCACGGCCGCGCGGCGACUCUCACCUCUCGGCGGAAUCUCCACGCCCGUCCCCGCCGGUGGAACAACGUAGGCGCAACGAUCACGGCAGCCGGAAUGACCUUGACACCCCGCGCACCCCCCGGACAGCGCCCCUGACGCCAGGUGACUUUCACAUGUACAACAUUAACGAGAUGGUGUCUAUCAUGGGAAAGAAGAAGAAGAUGCCGACCACCCUAGGCCUCAACUUGCGGACUGGCAUAAUCAUGAUCGCCCCCGAAUACGCCGAGGACGGGCCGACGCAGGAAUGGACCGCCGAUCGCAUGACGCACUAUUCGCGCGAGGGGAAGCACGUAUUCAUAGAGCUGGUCAAGCCGAGCAAGAGCAUCGACUUUCACGCGGGCGCAAAGGACACUGCCGAGGAGAUUGUCGCUAUGCUCGGCGAAAUGGCCGGCGCCGUUCGCGCCGAGGGUCUGCGAGAGGUGAUCAUGGCUGCCACCGGGCCCAAGGGGAUACAGCAGAAGAAGGGCGUGGUCCUGUACGACUUCAUGGCGCAGGGCGACGACGAGGUCACCGUCGCCAUCGGGGACGAGGUCAUCAUCCUGGACGACACCAAGAGCGACGAGUGGUGGAUGGUGCGUCGCGUCAAGAACCAGCGGGAGGGCGUCGUGCCGAGCAGCUACAUCGAGGUCACGGGGAUCCUCGACACGCCGGCGUCGACCGUGACGACCACUACGGGCAUCAACGUGGGCAAGUCGACCGUCGAGCAGAAUCGGCUGGAGGAGGAGCGCCUGUAUAAGGAGGCCAUCAAGGCUAGCCAGCGGGAAGAACAAAAGGAGAGGGAAAGGUCGAGAUCUGAGGUAGGCCCCGGAUUGCCUUUGCCCGAUCGGAGUAGUAGUCUGUCGGCCAGAAAGAGUAACACCGAGGCGCAACAGCGGAGCAGACGCGAGGACGGCCGCGCCGAGGCCUCGGCUUCCUCCCGGUCCAACGGCAGGUCGAAACCCGAUCCUACCAAGAUCCGCACGUGGACAGACCGCUCCAAGUCUUUCACCGUCGAGGCCCAGUUCCUGGGCGUGAAGGAUGGCAAGCUCAACCUCCACAAGCUCAACGGGGUCCGGAUUGCCGUGCCCAUCUCCAAGAUGUCGCUUGAAGACCUGGAGUAUGUCGAGCGGAUCACCGGUAUCUCCCUCGACGAAGACAAGCCGCUGUCCGAUCUCAAAAAGCGGGCAAAUGGAGGCGAGGGCUCGCGUCGGUCUCCUCCCAAGGUCGGCGCGACUAUCGAGCCCAAGAAGCCAGACUACGACUGGUUCCAGUUCUUCCUGAAUUGCGAGGUCCAGCCGGGGCUUUGCGAGCGGUACUCGCAAGCUUUCAUCAGGGAGUCGAUGGACGAGAGCGUCUUGCCCGACGUUGACGUCUCCGUGCUCCGGAAUCUGGGGUUCCGCGAGGGUGACAUCAUCAAGGUGAUGCGGUACCUCGACGCCAAGUAUUGUCGCGGGAAGAAGGCGGCGGGGGAUGACGAAGGGAGCGGCGGCCUGUUCUCCGGUCCUGGAGGUGCCUUACGCAACAAUACCAGGAAAGGCCGGCCGGCUCCUCCGGUCGAGACCAACGACACGAUCGACCCGAAGGCCUUAUCUCUCGACAAGAAGAAGGAUGAAGCCAAGGCAACGUCUCCCGCCACGACGUCGACGUCCCCCGGCGCUGCUAAACCCGCCAGCGGGUUUGACGAUGACGCAUGGGAUGUAAAGCCGUCCAAGACGCCGGAUCCGGCCCCUCAGCAGACAUCCGCUCCCCCGGCCUCCACUGCCGCGCCCGCUGCUACCUCGGCUCCUGCUCCGGCCCCGAGCACGGCCAAACUCACGGGUUCGAUGCAGGAGCUGUCGCUGCUGACCCAACCUCUAACCCCAGAGAAGGUCCAGCCCCCAGCCUCGGCCCCUCCACCCGCCCUGAGCCUGCCGCCCGCCACGACCACGGCCCCGGCUUCGGCUCCAGCUCCCGCGCAGGUCCCUCAGCCUACUGGCGCCACCCCGGGCUUCUUUGCGGGCAUGCAGCCACCCGCUGUGAACGGUCAGCAACCGGCGCAAUUCGCCCAGCAGCUACCACAGAACCUCGCCCGCCAACGACCGAUGGCGCCGCAGUACACCCAAGGCCAAGGUGGCCUGAUGCCGCCUCCUCCCGCACGUCCACUCUCGGCGCCCCAGACUGCCCAACCCAGCGCGUUUGCCCCGCCACCUCUGCAGCCCCAGAUGACGGGCUAUCCGUCCUCGGCAGCAGGCCAGGUCGCGCCACCCGGCCAGAGCCUCAACGACCUCCGGCAGCAGCAGCAGUUUGCCCAGGCCAUGCAGCAGCAGCAGCAACAACAACAACAGAUCUCCAUGAUGACCGGCAUGCAGCAGCAACCGCAACAGACUGGUUUCCCGAUGCAGCAGGGCCCAUUCAUGCCGCAACCUACGGGCAUGGGAGUUCUGCAGCCACAGCCUACCGGGCUGGCCGGGAUGCAGCCGCAGCCCAUGCCCAUGCAGGUCCAACCUACGGGAUUCAUGGGCGCCGGUUUCCCUCAGCAACAGCAGCCACAGCAGCUGCAGCCACAAAUGACUGGGUUGCCGCCGCCACUUGAGCCGCAGCGCACGGCAAUGGGCAUGGGAAUGGGCAUGGGCAUGAACAAUGUUGGUGUAGGAAUGGGAAUGCAACCCCAGCAGCAGCAGCAGCAGCAACCGAUGCAGCCGCAGCCCACCGGGUUUGGGACUGCUGGAGGGCUGCAGCCGCCUGCGCAGCCGCUCGUGCCGCAGAAGACGGGUCCGCCACCGCCGGUUAAGUUUGGCAUCAACGAAGGGCAGAAGAAGUUGGCGCCGCAGCCGACGGGGAGGAGAGCCAAUCUGGCUGCUGCUACGCCGGAUAAUCCGUUUGGUUUCUGAUCGGCUGGUCAACGUGCUCAAGUUGGCAGCAACUUGGUAUGCGCCUCUUGCAGGGAUUUUUUUUCUUCUCAACUCUGAGCCAGCCAAUCAGUCAAGAACAGCGGCAAUCGCUUCUCCGGACCAAAAACAGGAUUCGCCGAAGAGCCCUGCGGAUCUUGGGGAGAGCGCAGCAUCACCUCGUCAUUGCACGCUCACAGCGGCGACUCGGAGAUCGACUCAAAUGAAGAAGGGGGGGGUGUAGCAAGUCGCCUGAGGUUUCACAAUCGCCGUCUCUACAAAGCGGUAGGGGAUGCGAGCCAAGAUGAAAACUGGGUAGCAUGGAGAGGAGGAGGCUUGCGCCGAAGGGCGAGACGGGAGGAACCGACCUUGGGUAGAGAGAAUGGGAUGAGGCCCAACCCAGUCCGGGAGAGACUUGGAGU